AUGGCCGGGCGGAUGUGGUCUUCGGGCGCGCGCGCGGUGCGCGGUGCGGCGCAGACGCGGCAGCUGCACCAGCUUCCUCCGAUGCUUCCUGCGCUGUCGGAGGGGUGCGAGCCUUUCCUGUCGAAGCGCACGACGCAGCUGCUGUGGACGCAGUGGCAGGCGGGUCUCUUGCAGCGCCUCAACGACGAGGUGCAAAGCACGCCGCUCGCUGCCGAGUCGGUCGUCGAGACGGUGAUGGGCACCGCGCGCGACCGCGCACAGGUACUUGCAUUUAACCAUGCGUCGCUGGCGCUGAACAACAGCUUCUUCCUGUCGGGCCUCUUGCCGAAGGACAAGCAGCCGAACAAAGAGUACCCGCAGCCCUCGACGCACACCGGCGUCAUUCCCACGUUCUACGGCAAGACGCUCGCGACGGCGAUCGCCGACCAGUACGGCUCGCUGCCGCAGUUCAAGCUCGCGUUCGCCGCGGCGGGCAUGGGCAGCGUGUCGAACGGAUACCUCUGGCUCGUGAAGGACGAGCACGGGCGCCUGGGUAUCGUGCCGACGUACGGCGCAGGCACCAUCCUCGUGCACCAGCGCCAGCAGACCGGCCCGCGCGACUUGGCGGCGGGCGUGCAGGACGGCCGCACGUCGCCGGACGCCGCGGCCGAGACCGCGCAAAAAGACGAGGCGCCGACGCCGGCGCCGCGUGCGCAGAACCGCUUCGAGAGCCUCGCGCAGAGCUCGGCGUCGGGCGCGAUUGGGAACAAUGUAUACCCGCUGUUCUGCGCCAGCCUGUUUGAGCACGCAUGGCUCGGCGACUAUGGCUUCUGGGGCAAGGAGCGCUACCUGUCGAACUUUUUCGACUGCAUCAACUGGGAGCGCGCCGAGCAGCUCUGGGGCGAAGAUCGCAUGUAG